AUGGCUGCAUCAUCUGUCUCUCCUAUGAAGCCAGAAUUACCACCAAAACCAACACAAGAGUUGAGUAAAAUAACAGGUGAUCAACUCCCAGACAGAUAUAUUCACCAGUUUCCAGAGACAGCUGCUGAUCAUUCGGCGAUUAAGUAUAUGGACAAUCCCAUCAUUGAUCUCAACCUUCUUUCAGCUGUAUCAACACAUCAACCUGAAGAACUGCAAAAACUACGAUCCAGUCUUAGUUCCUGGGGUUGUUUUCAGCUUAGAAAUCAUGGUUUGACAAGUUCACUACUUCACCAAAUCCGACAAGUCGAGAAGGAAUUCUUUGGUCUGCCCCUAGAAGUGAAACAGAAGCAUUCCAGAACUUUACAUUGGGUUGAAGGAUAUGGAAAUGAUACAGUUUCUGAGGAUCAGAAGUAUUGCUGGAAUGACAGACUGGUUCUCAAAGUUUACCCUGUUGAUCAGCGAAACUUCAAGUUUUGGCCUGAAGAUUUACCAAAAUUUAGGGAAACUUUAGAUGAGUACACUAAGGAAGUGAGGCGAGUGCUAGAAAUGAUCCUGAAAGCCAUCUCAAAGUCGCUCAAUUUAGACGAAAACAGCUUUGUCAGAGAGUGUGAAGGAGACGAGGGCAUAUAUAUGCUAGCAAGAUUCAACCUUUAUCCUCCAUGUUCAACCCCGGAUCAUGUUGUAGGCCUAAAACCACAUUCUGAUGCUUCAGCAGUUACCAUUCUCUUGCAAGACAACGAGGUAGAAGGUCUUCAAGUGCAGAAAGAUAACCAAUGGUUUAAAGUUCCUAUUGUUCCGGAUACCCUUUUCAUCAAUGUUGGAGACCAGUUGGAGAUAAUGAGUAAUGGAAUACUGAAGAGUGCAGUGCACAAGGUAGUGAUAGACAAGGAGAGAGAAAGAACAUCUGUGGCGAUUGCAUGUUUUCCAUACAUAGAGAAAGAAAUAGGUCCAAUAAGUGAGCUGAUUGACAAAGAGAGGCCACAAUUAUACAAGAAGGUCAAGAAUUACAUUAGUUUGUACCUUCAAUACUCUCCAACAGCAGAAAGAGCCAUCACUGCAAUGAAACUUUAAGCACUGCAGACUCUGGUCGGAGAUCAUCCUGCACGUUCUUUCAGAAACUGAUCUCUCUAAUAGUCUUUAUCUAGCCAGGAAUAAGGUGUAUGUCUGUUUCUCCCCCGAACCAUAAAUGGAUACAAUACUGCAUAAUUGUUGUACUCUAAGUUGCAUUUCAGUGCUGAAGUUUUUAUUAGUA